AUGCUAGCAUUCACCAAUCCAAUCCACUUCCUGCAGCUCAGCCCUCCAUCACCACCGACCACCAGAAGAACCAGCCGAGAAGAGGAGCUCUCGGGGGAACUGCAGUGGGAGCAACAGGCAGGCAUCUUUGAUGUGGACAAGAAGAACAUCCAAGCUCCGUGGGCAAUCACAGAGAAAACAGAAGAUGAGAGGAGGGUCAAACAAAGGCUGGAAGGAGGAGAACACCGCUUGGUAGCUCAACCAAAGGAGGAAGUGCCCAGACAUUUACCCUUGGAAAAAUCAUCAAGUUGGCCAGACAAAAAAACGAUCAGGGUGGUUGCACAGGUGCUGCCAGCCAAUCAAGAAAACCCAAUUAAACGCCGAGUAAAAAGCAAGGACUGGCACCGGCAGGGCCUGAAGAGGACAUCAGUGCCACCAGACAUCUUGCAGGAAAUCCCUUCUGUUCCGUCAGAGGAAGAAGCUCACAAGGCACACAGGGAACCACCAGUCAGUUCAGACACAGUUAUAUUGCGAGAGAAGAAACCUGCAGAUGCAAUGGAGAACUUCAAACGCCGGCACUCCAAACUGAUCAACUCCUCAAGAUUGCUCUACCAGGAGUACAGUGAUGUGGUUCUGAACAAGGCUAUACAAAGCCAGAAGAGAGUGGAUUCUUUUGCAGAGGAUAUAGAGUCGAGCUUCCCAAGCUCCCCAAGGCUGCGGAGGAAAGUGCUGUCUCCCCAGGACUCGUAUUUGCAACGGCUGUCAGUCUCAUCCAAUGCGUCCCUCUGGCAGGACAUCCCCAUGAUACGGGGCAGCAGAAUGCUACUCAAUAUGUCCCGUGAUGAGCAGAAGCUGCAAGAGGCCAAGUUUGAGUUGAUAAUGUCUGAGGCUUCGUACCUGCGCAGUUUAAAUGUGGCCGUGGAUCACUUCCAGCGAUCAGCAGAGCUCCAGUCAAUGCUCACCAAUCAAGAGCGUCAGUGGCUUUUCUCCCGCCUUCAUGAUGUACGCGAUGUCAGCGCCAGUUUCCUCUUUGACUUGGAGGAGAAAUUUGAGGAGGACAUCUUCACCUUCCACGUGUGCGAUGUGGCUCUAAAACACGCCCCCGAGUUCCGCAGGGUUUAUCUACCCUAUGUAACAAACCAGACAUAUCAGGAGCAAACCUUCCAGCGGUUACUAAAUGGAAACGCAGGGUUCCAGCAAGUCCUAGAGAGACUGGAAAGUGAUCCAGUAUGCCAACGCCUGUCACUUAAAUCCUUCCUCAUCCUCCCUUUCCAGCGCAUCACUCGGCUCAAACUCCUCCUGCAGAAUAUCCUGAAGAGAACUCGACCGGGGUCUGAGGAGGAAGUACAAGCAACACAGGCCUAUGAUGCGCUUGAAAAGCUCAUCAAGGAUUGCAAUGAAAAUGUCCAGCGCAUGAAGAGCACGGAAGAGCUGAUCUACCUGAGCCAGAAGAUUGAGUUUGAGUGCAAGAUAUUCCCACUCAUCUCACAGUCGAGGCGGCUUGUGAAGUGUGGUGAGUUGACAGCACUGGACUUCAACACCUUGAGUCCAAAAUGGAAAGUCACCACCCGCCCCAUCUACCUACAUCUUUUCAAUGACUGUCUGCUCCUGUCUCGGCCGAAGGAGGGCGGACGUUUUGUUGUGUUUGAUCAUGCCGCUUUCUCGGAUGUGCGUGGGGAGAAGUGCGAGAUGAAACUGCAUGGAACAAACAAAAAUGUCUUCCGUCUCUUUCUGCUUCAGAAUUACCAGGGAAAUAGAGUGGAGUUUUUGUUUCGUACAGAGACACACAGUGAGAAGCUGAGGUGGAUCUCUGCUUUGGCUCCUCCGCGAGGAGAACUGGACCUCCUGGAAUGCCCUGAUGCUCCACAGGUUCAGUGCAUAAAGACUUACAAGGCUCGGGAAAAUGACGAGCUGGCUCUGGAGAAAGCAGAUAUCAUCAUGGUGAUGCAGUACAGCAAUGACGGAUGGAUGGAAGGAGUGAAACUUUCAGACCGGGAGAGAGGUUGGUUCCCCUCAGAACACGUGGAACUCAUCUCCUGCAAAGAGGUGUGGCAGAAGAACCUGAAGGAGGAGCAGCGUGUGAAGAAUGCCAAGCAACAGGUCUUCUGCAAGAAGUAAGACUCUGCUUCGCUUGGACCUGUGGACAGUCGCCCUGCCAUGGGGAAGGCAUCUUUUUUUUCUAUCGUGCCUCAGAAGAAACACCUCUGUGAAGAGCAUAAUACA